UCGUAAAGAAGGGAAAGAAAUUGUAACUUUGACACACACACACACACACACAGAUAAAGAGUAAUUAAAAUUGGAGUUUCUGAUUUCUAGGGCACAAAAUCUUUAGAUUCGGUGAAGUCAUUCAUUACUUCAUUGCCAAAGCUUGUAACCAAAACUCCCAUGGCCGACGAAUCUUCUUCUCCGGCCACGGGGGAUCCCAAUUCACAGAAACCAGAAUCCACUACUCCGAUUUCAAUUCCCAAUCCAAAUCCCAAUCCUUCACUAACACCACCGCCGCCUCAACAACAUUCGCAACCACCAGUCGCUCCUCUGGUUCCACCUGGUCCGCCUUAUGCUCCUCCGGCUCAGAUUCCUAGCUCGCUUCUCCCCACCAAUCUCCCGCCGCCACCACCAUUCCGUCCCGGUAUGCAGUUCACUCCCGUUGCGAAUUUUCAAAACCCUAGCUCUGGAGUUCCUCCUCCAGGAUCUAUGCCUCAGUAUCAACCGCAGCCUGGUAUGAGACCUUUCCAGCCUAUGGCUAAUGGUUAUCCCGGAAUUCAUGGUGUUGCUCCUCCUGGUGCCAUGCCUCCUCAUGGUGGGUUCUUCUAUCUCUUAAUUUUAUAAGUUCUUACUCUUUUUUUUGUUUAUGAUGCACUUUAGGCUAUAUAGUUUAUUUUCGUGGCGUUUUUUUUCGUUCUGUGUAUGUUGAAUGUGAAUUUGUGAUGCUUAAAGUAGUGAAGGGGAACUAUAUAUGUCUAUGUAGUUGGAUUAGAUUAAAGGUUUAGAGUAAAAAGAAGUUUUAUUGAAAGAGGAAUUAGGGAGAAAACUAGAAACAGGAACACCGAUGACCGGGUGUUUUCUCCUACAGCGUCUUGAUUGAGUUCCCUGAGAAUGGUUGCAAGGCAUCAAAUUUUGGGUAGGGACUCACUUCUACGACUCCCUCAUUUUGGUAUGCGCAAAUUCGCUUUUUGUUCUUCUUAUUCUCUUAAUUUAUUUAGUUAGUGUAACACAUCUUUAACCAAACCGCUUACCUAAAGGUUCUUGAAAGAUUUGCCCCAAUUUAUAUGUUAAGUUGAGAAUUACUGUAGUUUUAAGAACAAAACUUUGAACUUGAUGGGUUAAUCAACUGCCAGCAGCAAGCAUUUGUAGCGACUGAGUGCUCCUUGGUCUUGAUUUUGAGGUAUUGCAAUUCUUUCAAAUUACACCUUCCGUUACAUCUUCGACAUGUUUCUUUUUUCUAUUCCCUUCUGUGGUCAAGCUGCUAAUGGUUGAAAUAAAGCUAUUAUGAUGGGUAAUAAUAGUUUUUAUAAGUUCUAUAUGGGCAUGAAAUGAUGGGAGUUUCAAUAUUACUGAAUCUCAAAUUCAACAGAUGAUUAUAGAUUCUUACCUAUUUCAAGUUGCCCUGUGAGGUAUGACUACUUAAUGUGGUAAUAAUGACUACGAUCCUGGUGCUAUCUUCUCAAUGUGUCCUUCAGGAUCUCUGUUCAGCUGGGUGGUAUUUGUACUGCCUCUGGUGUGCAUAUCUAAUUUGCUCUAGUUUGUGGUAACAAUACAAAAUGAUUUUUAUUUACUGCUUCUUGAUACUCUUGAUUUAUGCCAAUGCAGUUGUUCAGGGUAUUCCAAUGUAAACAUCUACUGAUGAAUUUGUAGAGACUUGUUUUUGUUUAUGCAGGGCUUCUCCGGUAUCCUUCUCCAUAUCCAACAAUGGUUCGUCCUGGAUUCAUUAUGCGGCCGCCUGGUACAAUCGGUGCUGUUCAACUAGCACCACGACCCCUUAUUCCAGGAAUGCCUGGUCUCCGUCCUGUAAUGCCUCCUAUGGUUAGACCGGCUUCUCUUCCUUUUGUAACACCUGCAGAAAAGCCCCAGACCACAAUUUACAUUGGCAAGAUAGCUACCGUGGAAAAUGACUUUAUGAUGUCUAUUCUUGAGUUUUGUGGCCAUGUCAAAAGCUGUUUACGUGCGGAAGAUCCUACCACCAAGAAACCUAAAGGUUUUGGAUUCUAUGAAUUUGAAUCAGCUGAAGGGAUUCUCCGCGCAAUACGCCUGCUGACCCAACGUACUAUAGAUGGACAAGAGCUUUUGGUGAAUGUUAAUCAAGCAACAAAGGAGUAUUUGCUAAAAUAUGUUGAGAAGAAAAUAGAGACUGCAAAGAAAGCCAAGGAAAGUCAAGGAACCAAAGAGAACCAAGCUGAAGGUCCUGAGAGUGAGCAAGACAAGCUUGAGAGUGCUGAUAAUGAGACAGGGAAGGAUGGAGAAUCGAAGAUUAAAGAAAACAUCGAUAUUGCGAAUUCUGCUGUCCUAACUGAUGAAGAAAGGGAAGCAGACAGAGAGGCUAUGGAAAAGAUUGAAACUGCUAUUGAAGAAAGGUUAAAGUCCAACCCUUUGCCUCCUCCACCACCACCACCUGCUGAUGGUUCAGGCAUGGAAUUUGCUUUCAAAUCUAAGGAUGGUGACUCCAACACUGACGUAGCUAGGAGUGAUGCCGCAGCAAAUGAUGUUGAGACUUCUGGAGAACACAAUAGGCCUGACACAAGCUCACCUGAUUGGAGUAAGAGAAAUGACCGAAGAAGCAGAGAAAGAGGUGAGAAGGAGCAAGAAAUGGAUAGAUACGAGAGGGAGGCUGAAAGAGAACGGUCAAGGAAAGAGAGAGAGCAAAGGAGGAAACUUGAGGAUGCAGAGCGUGCUUACCAGACUCGUCUUCGACAAUGGGAACGAAGAGAAAGAGAAAAGGAGAAGGAACGACAGUACGAGAAGGAGAAAGAGAAAGAGAAAGAGCGCAAGAGGAAAAAGGAAAUCCGCUAUGAGGAAGAAGAGGAAGAAGACGAUGAUGAUUCAAGAAGAAGAUGGCAUAGGGCUGCAUUAGAUGAGAGAAGAAGACGACAACUAAGAGAAAAGGAGGAUGACUUAGCUGAUAGAUUGAAAGAAGAGGAAGAGGUUGCUGAGGCGAAGAGGAGUGCCGAGGAGCAAAAUUUGCAGCAACAGCAAUUAGAUGCCUUAAGAAUCCUAUCGGGACAGGCAGCUAUUGGAAGCGAAACGGUUCAGACAUCACCUAUUGAAAAUGAUCACAAGGCAACUCUCCAAACUGUCGGUGAAUCUGCCAAUGAGCACCAUGCAGCAGAUUUUGAAGAAAAUGGUUCUGGUAAUGAAUCGAUGGCUAUCGAUAAUAAUAGUGGAUCAGAGGCACAUGCUCCCUCAAAGAAAUUAGGAUUUGGGCUUGUGGGAUCCGGAAAGCGAACUUCUGUGCCUUCUGUUUUCUAUGAGGAGGAUGAAGAUGAAGCACGUAAGGCUAAAAAGAUGAAACCUUUGGUUCCUAUAGAUUACUCAACCGAGGAACAAGAGGCUGUGGCCCAUGGUGGCUCAGGGAAUACACCACCUCAUUUGGCUUUAGCCGCUGAAUUUGCAAAACGAAUUUCGAGUACCAAUCCCAAGGAAGAGACGAUAGAAACCGAAAAACAAAGGAGCAGACGUUCUCAUGAUAAGGCAAGCCACCGGGACAGGGAAAGGGAAAGGGAAAGGGACAGGGACAGGGAUAGAGUCAGGGACCGAGGUGACGGGCAUAGUGGUCCCACCAAAGACGCCAAAGAGUCUGGAAAAGCAAAGAUAAUUGAUACUAAGUUUCUGGAUGCGAAACAAUUGAUAGAUACAAUCCCAAAGACAAAGGAAGAUUUAUUUUCUUACGAGAUAAACUGGGCUAUGUAUGACAAGCACCAAGUGCACGAAAGAAUGAGACCAUGGAUCUCAAAGAAAAUUAUGGAGUUUCUCGGAGAAGAGGAAGCCACUCUGGUAGAUUUCAUCGUGUCAAACACUCAACAACACGUGCAGGCGUCUCAGAUGCUUGAGCUGUUGCAAUCAAUUCUAGACGAAGAAGCUGAGAUGUUUGUGCUGAAGAUGUGGAGAAUGCUCAUCUUUGAGAUCAAGCGGGUUGAAGCUGGAGUCCCGGUAAAAUCCAAAGCCUGAAACUUUUCUUUAAAGAUCUUUAUCUUCCUUUGUUGCUUAGUAUCCCAAUUUUUUUCCAAGUCUUCUUGUCUUUGGAUUAAAAAAGAAUCGCCAUGUUUAAAUGCAAAAGAAGAUAUUGAAACAAGAAAAUACAAAAUAUACAUUUAGUUCACAGAAUAAAUAUUUGCACCACUUGA